GCGUUUCAACCCGGCAUUGCGCUGCGCUCCGAAGGGCUCAGCCGGUGCGGGCAACCGAGCGGGUCGGCGGAGACCAUGUCCGGGGCGCGAAGAAGAGGCGCGGGAGAUUCUCUCGCCGGCUUCAGGCGGGGCGCGGGCGACGGCGCUGCGGCGGUGCCCCAGGGGCUGAUCCGGACGGCGCGGAAGAGCGGCCAGUUGAACCUCUCUGGCCGCGGGCUGACCGAAGUCCCUCCACAUGUAUGGCGAAUAAACUUGGAUACUCCAGAAGAGGCGAAGCAAAACCUCUCCUUUAGUGCUGACGAACGGUGGUGGGAGCAAACCGAUCUCACCAAACUAAUAUUAUCUUCGAACAAACUGCAGUGUCUUUCUGAUGAUCUAAGGCUGUUGCCUGCUCUCACUGUGCUGGAUGUGCAUGAUAAUCAACUGACAUCUCUUCCUUCUGCUAUAGGAACACUGGAAAAUCUCCAGAAACUUAAUGUGAGCCAUAAUAGACUAAAAGAUAUACCGGAGGAGCUUACCCAACUAAAACAUUUAAGAAGUCUGCUUCUGCAGCACAAUGAAUUAAAUCAGUUGCCUGAGGAAUUUGGACAGCUUAUUAGUUUGGAAGAGUUGGAUAUUUCCAACAACCGUAUUUCUAGUAUCCCAACAAGUUUUCGUUUUCUAACAAAUUUGGUGCGGCUCAAUUUGACUUGUAAUCAUUUGAAGAGCCUGCCAGCAGAAAUCAGUGCAAUGAAAAGUCUGAGACAGCUUGAUUGUUCAAAAAACUAUCUGGAAACAAUACCUCCUGAAGUGGCCAAUAUGGUAUCAUUAGAGCAGCUUUAUCUAAGGAGAAAUAAAUUGUGUUAUCUGCCAGACCUUCCUUCAUGUAAAUUUUUAAAGGAGUUGCAUGUUGGUGAAAAUCAGAUUGAAGUGUUAAAACCUGACCAUCUGAAACAUCUGAAUUCUUUGUGUGUAUUGGAACUAAGAGAUAAUAAGCUAAAAUCGCUGCCUGAUGAAAUAACCCUGUUACAGGGGUUAGAGCGACUAGACCUAUCCAACAAUGAUAUUAGUAGCCUUCCUUCCAAGCUAGGAAACCUAUCUCAAUUGAAGUUCUUGGGGCUGGAAGGAAACCCUUUAAGAACAAUCCGAAGGGAUGUUGUACAAAAAGGGACGCAAGAAAUUCUGAAAUACCUUAGAAGUAAAAUACAAGAUGAUGACAUAAUUGGUCCAAAUGGAGAAUUUCCUGUGACAGCAAUGACUCUGCCAAGUCAGUCAAAAAUUAAUCUGCAUGCUAUAACUGCAUUAAAAACAUUGGACUAUAGUGAAAAACAGGCAGCUGUAAUUCCAAAUGAAGUGCUGAAUGCAGUUGGAACCAAUCCAGUCACUACUGUAAAUUUCAGCAAGAAUCAGCUGACUGAAAUUCCAAUAAGAAUUGUGGAACUAAAAGAAUCAGUCUCUGAUAUCAAUUUUGGUUUCAACAAGCUCUCGUCUAUUUCUCUGGAGCUCUGUAUGCUUCACAGACUGACACAUUUGGAUGUUAGAAAUAACAUUUUGACAUCUCUGCCUGAUGAAAUGGAAGCACUGACAAAACUGCAAAUAAUUAAUCUUGCCUUUAACAGAUUUAAAAUAUUUCCAAAUGUGCUGUAUCACAUUCCAACUCUUGAAACAAUCCUCCUUGCUAAUAAUCAGGUUGGAUCCCUGGACCCUCUGCAAAUAAAGAAGUUGGACAGGCUUGGUACCCUAGAUCUUCAAAAUAAUGACCUCUUACAAGUACCACCAAAACUUGGGAACUGUGUCAAUCUCAGGACACUUUUGCUGGAAGGCAAUCCUUUCCGGACUCCUCGAGCUGCUAUUCUUGCCAAGGGGACAGCUGCUGUGCUUGAAUACCUAAGAAGCAGAAUUUCUACUUGAUCUGUUGUGCUUGGUUUGAACUGAAAUGUGUGCAAGAUCUUACCUUCUGAAGCAUGAAGAUCGAAGUCCUUAUACAUGAGAACUAUUUGCUUCGUUUAGCAUAAGCUGAGUGCAUAUGCUGGGGUCACUUUUUAAGAGCUAUUUCACAAAGGACUCUUACCUUGCAUGCCUCCAGUUCAAACUAUGCUUGCAUACAUACUUGUAUGGUGUAUGGGUAGGUUAUUGAUAGAUGGUUCUAUUCGUCCAGCAGCAAUUCCCCUGAUCAUGACAUGAUUGUAAAAAUACUGCUACCAUCUAGGAAUUAUUGAUAGCUGUAUCCAUGUACCCAUCUGAUCUCUUCUUAACCCACAUAUUCUAUAUGAACAGGUGCUGUAUGUUAUCCAAAAUUGGAUAUGGUUAGAAUUGUGCUAUUGUGUUAAUUUUUUUUAAUCCUGUUUUAAAGUUCCUUUUCUUUUAGCUAAUUUUAAGGUCACCAAAAAAGGGCUGUUCCCCAAAUAAAAUAAAUCCAGAUCUUGAUUUGCAUAAUAUGAAGCAUUUGCACCAAGCGAUUGCCUGCUGAAGAAUUAUGGUGCUGACCUAAUCACUAAUGAAUUGGCACAUUUAUCAAAUUAUUAUUUGAAAAUAAAACUCAAAUUAUAUAUCAAAUGAUCAGUUUCAUAAAUUUAACCAAAUGACUUAGUGCAACUGUUUACAAAUGCCAGAAAUGUUUAGAAAAACGCUGCUGUGUGGAACAUCACAAAUGUUGGGAUAUUUUUUUCUGUUUUUUUACAAUUAAUACUUAGUUGUGUGUGCGCCUUGCAAUUAUUCAAGAUGCUAGUUUGCCAAAAUGAGCAGUUUCCAUUUAUUUUCCUUUUUAAAAUGUUAUUGCUAUUAAGAGCUGCUUCUUUUAGGAGAUGUCCUACUUGUACAAGGAUAGCUUAGUAUGAAGACACCUGGCCUGUGUCAGCUGUGAACACCACACACAUGAAUUUUCUCCUUUCUUUGCAAAAAACUGUGAAACUGGGAGUUGGAAAGGAAGAGGUAUGUAGCUGCACCAGAGUAUGAUAUAGUAUAUGAAAUUCUUUUAACUCUAAAACUGUUCAACCAUGCAACCCCACUUUCAGAAUAAAUUUUUAAGACUUGUAGAAACUGGAAUCUUUUUGUAAGAGGGUUAUUGAUGUGAAUUUCCCUGAUCUGUUCUUAAUUUGGGACAGCCAUGCCUACACCCUUAAAUGUGUUGUCCUAGUCUUGCUUUUGUGUUUUUAAUAAUCUGUUGGGAACUGCCCAGAGUGGCUGGGGAAACCCAGCCAGAUGGGCGGGGUCUAAAUAAUAAAUUAUUAUGAUUAUUAUAGUA